CCAUCACGUACACACCCACACACUCUCUCUAUCCCAUCCCUCUCUCUUUCUCUGCAACACCAAAUGAAAGGAGAGGAUAACUAUAAGAAGGGGCUAUGGACAAAGGAGGAGGAUAGGAUCCUACUGGAUUAUAUACAGGUACACGGUAGAGGGCGGUGGAACCGUAUUUCUAAGAUAACAGGUUUGAAGAGGUAUGGGAAGAGCUGCAGAUUAAGGUGGAUGAAUUAUCUGAGCCCCAGUGUAAAACACGGCGAGUUUACAGAGCAAGAGGAAGACCUCAUCAUUAGACUCCAUAAUCUCCUUGGAAACAGGUGGUCUUUGAUUGCUGGAAGGGUUCCUGGGCGAACAGACAACCAAGUGAAGAACCAUUGGAACUCUCAUUUGUGCAAGAGGCUCGGCAUCAAGAAGAAGAAUAGAAAAACAGCCGUCACCUCCUUAAAGCCACAUUCUACAAAUGUGGAUAACACUCCCAAACGCCAAGCCCUAGUGGACUCCAUUUCUAAGCCUUUUCACGAUAAUAAUAUGGAUGUGGGUGGAGUUACAAGGAGGCAAUGCCCUCUGAGCGGCGCCCAGGUUUCCGAGGAGCAACCAGCGGAGGUGGGCUGGCAUUGCGUUGACUCCCUCUGGGCCUCCACUGCUGAGCAUUUAAGGGUGUGUACCCCAACUUCAAUAGAAUUUCUUGAGGGGUAUUACUCACCUGGCGAUGCAUUUUGGCAAGGCUUGUGACUCUUUCUUUCCCCCCUCCGAUCCUAAUAAUUAAAGUGUCAUCAAUAAAUGAUUAUUAGUCAUUUUUUUAUUUUUUUUGUUGGUUUUAUAUUGUAAUUGUGGAGACAUGCUGGAGAAAAUUGCGGCGGUCAAAUAUGACUGAACUCAUGUUUCAACUUUCAACUUCACAUUUUGUGGA